GCCUUGCCCGGCUGCCACGCCGCGGGCAGCUCCCCAGGCAUCUGUGUGUGUGCCGUGGGAGGCAGGGCGACCGCACUGUGCACCGCUCCCUGUGGGGUGCUGCAGUGCAGCUGCCUGCUGGCAGCCCAACCAGGAACCGGUGAGAGAAGCAUGGGAGAAAUUCACAGGUCUGCCUUUUGCUGGGACCUCCGAGUAUGCAGCAACGUCAGUGCUGAGGGAGGAGAGAUGAGUUGGGCAUCCUGAGCAUAAGUUUGUGUUGGAUGAGGUGGAGAUCUGUGGAUUUUCAUUGCUGCAAGUUGGGCAUCCCAAGCAUAAGUUUGUGUUGGAUGAGGUGAAGACCUGUGGAUUUUCAUUGCUUCAGUAGAGAAGAGCUCGGAUGGCACCUCAUCAACGAGCUGUGAACUUUGGUAGAUGCUGUCUUGAGAGAAGCCUUGUGAAGGAAAAUGCAGAUAGUGCUGCUGACUCAUAAGAGAUGAACAGGAAAAGGCCUCUCCCACUUCAACUUGUCUCUGUCUUACUUCAUCAAGUGAUUAGUGAGGACUUUGUAUCUGUCUCCAUAGUUCUUAAAUAUCCUUGUAAUCAGCCUGAGCAUCUUCACACAAACAACAGAGAGAUGUCAUUCAAAUAGCUGUGGGAGGUUUAUCAGCUCUUGAGGAGACUUUUCCUUGCGUGCACACUUGCACCACUGAAGGCUGGCACUGUGGUGGGGGAAGAUGGAGCUCUCAGAUCUCCUGGCAUUUGCCUCUGCAGAAGUGAACAGUACAACAGUCACCCUGGCUUUACUGGCAGCAUUCGUGGUUCUGCUGUACUGGUACUCCAACUCAGCCUUCUCCAAACUAAGCAAAGUGGGGAUCAGACAUCCCCCACCUCUUCCCUUCAUUGGAAACCUGCUCUUCUUCCAUGAGGGCUUUUGGGAAAACCACACAAAACUCAUAACGGAGUAUGGACCUGUUUGUGGAUACUAUAUUGGUCACCAGAUGUUUGUGGUGAUCUCCACACCGGAAGUGAUCAAGCAAAUCUUAGUGACAGAUUUCAGUAACUUCACCAACAGAACUAAGCCGAACUUGAUUUCCAAGCCAAUGCUUGACAGCAUCCUUUGUCUUCGUGAUGAGAGAUGGAAGUAUGUUCGGAGCCUGCUGACCCCAGCCUUCGGUGAUACCAAACUGAAAGAGAUGAUACCACUAAUAAACCAGGCCUGCGAUGUCCUGCUGAGUAACUUGAAAGUCUACGCAGAUUCUGGCAGAGCUUUUAAUAUCCAAAGGUGUUACAACUGCUUUACUUUGGAUGUUGUUGGUAGUGUAGCUUUUGGUACUGAGGUGGACUCUCAGAAGAACCCCGAUGACCCCUUUGUUAAGAAUUGCAGAACAUUCUUUGAAAUGUCUUUGUUUAAGCCUCUUCUUUUUCUAAUCCUUUCUUUCCCAUUCAUAAUGAUCCCAUUGCUUCGGAUUCUGCCAAACAAGAAACAAAAGGAACUGAAUGGAUUUUUUAUUCAAACUAUAAAAAAUGCAAUUGUCUUCAGAGACCAGCAAGAUGCAGCUGAGAGGCGCAGAGAUUUUCUCCAGUGGAUGCUUGACUCCCGCAACUCAGCUGAUGCCCUGGCAGGUGGAUAUUUUGAUAUGAUCUGUCCAGCCAACGCUUCCAGCCAGAACGAGGUGCCUCUUGUUGGCAAAGCCCCGUCUGAAAAGGUUCAGAAGACGCUAACAGAGGAUGAGAUAGCAGGCCAAGCUUUUCUCUUCCUGAUUGCUGGGUAUGAGACCACCACUAGCACACUGUCCUUCGCCACGUACUUGCUAGCGACCAACCCAGAGUGCCAGGAGAAGUUGCUUCAGGAGAUAGAUGAGUUCUCAGCAAAGCAUAUGGUCACCGAUUAUCAAAAUGUACAGGAGCUCCCUUAUCUGGACAUGGUGGUUGCAGAGACGUUGCGCAUGUUUCCACCUGCAUUCAGGUUCACUCGGGAAGCAGCUAAGGACUGUGUGGUGCUGGGACAGCGUAUUCCUGCUGGGGCUGUCAUUGAAACCGCAGUUGGACAUCUCCACCACAACCCGGAGUUCUGGCCAGAGCCAGAGAAAUUCAUUCCUGAAAGGUUUACAGAGGAGGCCAAGAAGGAACGACAUCCCUUUGCAUAUCUGCCCUUUGGAGCAGGACCCCGUGGCUGUAUUGGUAGGAAGAUGGGUUUGCUGGAGACCAAAAUGACUCUGCUGAGGAUUUUGCAGAUGUUUCGAUUUAAGACGUGCCCAGAAACUGAGAUUCCUUUGCAGCUGAAAUCGAAAGCCACACUUGCACCGAAAAACGGAGUCUACGUUAUCCUAGAAUCUCGCUAAAAGAGAAUGUACAUCUUGUAACCUCCUGGAAUGGGACCUCUUGUUUAAUGACUUAUUGAGUAUUAUUAGUUUUCAAAUCCCCAAAGACAGAUAGGAGCCUGAGCCCCACUGAAGGUCAGGAGGUGCUGCCUAACUGCCAUCCGGUGGGAGAGUUUCUGGUCACUUUUUAAAAUGAGAUGUGGGCUUCACAGUCACUCGGUCAUUUUCAAAUUGCUGUGAAUAAUAUCUGUAAAGAAGCACGCAACUUUUGCUGGCUUUUCUAUAUUACGUUUCCUUUCACUCACUUCUAAGAAGGCUUUCUCCACUCUCCAGUUUAUUGAAUGGAGCAGGUGUUAAGUGUAUACUAGAUUUACGAUAGGUUUUAAUUACCAUUCAUUAGCUAAUACAUUCUGCUGAUGCACUUAUAAAUCCCUACUUUAGAAAAAGCCCAAGAGACACCACAGUUAUAGCAGGAGAGUUGGAAUCCAGUGCAUUGGAUUUUAUCCUGAACUCUGCUAAAAAUCAAAGCUGAGUCUCCUGUACAAAACUUAACCUCUCCUUGUUUCUGUAAAGUGGAAAAGGCAGCACCUUCUUCGUGCUUCUGAAGUGUUUUGAAACACACUUAGAUUAACAGUUCAUGCUUGGCCCAUUGCAUCAGCAUGCCUGAAGUAGAAUGAAGAAUUCCCCCGGUUGCCUGUUAAAUUCCAGUAACUAAGACCAAAGAAAUGAGGUAAUAGCUACUUUGAUAGUUACAGAACUGCUGUUGGAAGGGUGGAGUCAAAUAAAAGAUGAAUUUUAAGGAAGCAAGAGGAUUGGCAAGUUUUAAGGAUUAACAGAAGAUGUUGGUGUAUAACGUCUGCUUCACUGCUCUGUGGCCUUGCCUUUCUAAGCGUUGUUCUUUACACCUUUAUCUCAUUGCCUGGAGGUUUCUGCAUGCCCUAAAGCCAAUGGCUAGGGAGUUGGAUCUAGGAUCAUCAGUCCCAGCAGUUCUCUUGGCUCCUUAUGUGACUCUGCAACAAGCUGUGUCCCAAGUGCCUUACUCUCUACUCAGGUGGGAUUACCAGUGGCAGCAGCAGCAGCAUGGUUCCAUUCAAGCUGUAGCGUGGUUCACAUCACCUUCACAGCCAGAGCAGCACUAUGCUUCCACUCUUCACAUCUUCUAUGCUCUUUCCCAGUCCUCUACAGAGCCCCUUAAUGACUACACAUACAGCACCAUACAGCAGUGAUUGAUUGACAUGAAGAAAAAAAAGGUGUUUUUUGUUUGUUUCUUUAAUUGUUUCAGUUUCCAUAAAUAGAAAAUAUUCUUCUGGAACUGUAAGGAUAAGGAAGCACCUUUCAGUUCUUUACAAGUGGUGACCUUCUGCCUGCUGACGUACUCUGCUGGAGGUUUCCUUAAGUACAGCAUUUCUCUUGGUGGCACGCACAGAGAAGUGUCAUGGCAGCAGUGGGAAGAGACUGACUGCUCAGCUUCCCUGCAAGGAUUGCUGGAAGGAGCCAUCUGUUCGCUGAUCCCUAGCUGUAGUUUCUCUCCAGCAAGCACCUUUUGCUGCCUUCUUCCCACAUGCUGCCUUCACGCUGAUCAAAUUACUGUCUCUCAUUCCUGAAAGAUUUUUGUCUUUUAUGGGAUUUCUUUGUUCAUCAGAUCUGUACAGAUAGCAGUGAAGUAAUGACCUGGAAGUCAUGGAAUUGUUCCUAUUUAUGUGGAGCAUCUCUGGCAAGCUAACCAGAAGUGUCCUGUUACAGAUUAUGAAUUACUGGUGGAGUGACUGUUAUUUGAAAAGCAACAGAGUACAUAUGCCUUAAUUUCCACAAGUUAUCCAUCACCUUUUCCUCUUGGAAGUAGUGUGCUGACAGCUGAUGCAGCUUAUAGGUACAAGUAGCAAAAAGUUGGACAGUCCUUGCCUAAAAGCUUCCCUGCUACCUAGAUGAGCAGAAGGCUCAUUUCACAGUCUGAAGAAGUCAGCUAUUAAGGACUUGUUUGGCUCCUCAGUAUUUUUUUUUUUUACUGCAUUUCUUCCUUAUGUAAAUUAGCAGGUCUUUGUGUGCUUCGUUUUUGAAUACUUACUCCAAUGUAAACGAAGCUUGUGUCUCGCCACAGCGUGCUUUUGUAUGGUCGGUUGUUACCUGAACGCUGCUUAUCUUACCUGCUUAUCAGAAUCCUGUUUGUAUCCUUGGUAUUUAUCUGAGAGCUCCACUCAUGCGUAUGGCAGCUGAACAGCUCACAUCGCUGUGGCUAAACAGAGCUCUGUCAUCGUGAAUACCAUGUUAACUCUGUAGAGAGAGAAACAGUACUGCAGUGGUUGCAACUGUGCAUCACAUUUCACAGGCUUGGAAUUUGCUCUGAGAGUCUUCCCCAGCUGCUUCUAAAUUGAACAGACAGUUCACAGGCAACUAAACUCACCUGAGCUGAUACAGACAGCAGACAUGGCACAGCCUUCCACUGUACCAGGAUGCUUAAUGGUGCUGCUCCUGUCCUGGGCUCGGCAACAUGCUGCUGGGGGAGUGGUGCUGCUCCAGUCCCUGGGAGCACCCACUCAGCGCUGGCAAAAAGCGAGCCAUGAGACUGCCAGCAGCUCUCCAAAAGAGGAACAGCUAACAGAACAGUAACCACAGGAAUGAGGAAGCUGAUUUAAAAUCAUUUAUCUCCUCAGUCCCAGGAAGUGUAUUUACCACUAAGUGUGUUGUCUUGUAUUGCUGAGAUGUGGGUGUGUUUAAAACCAGGCCUGUCUGCUUUACAAGAAGCUCUUAGUCAUUCUAUGAGGGCUGAUAUGAAGGAAAGGCUGCUUGGUAAAGGAAAGCAUCUGUUAAAAACAUCUGGGACUUUGCAGUGAUUACUGAAAUUACUCAGUGUGAAGUAGUAUUUUUAAUGACUGCUGAGAUGAUAGAAAACCUUUACAGCUUUGUACUUUUGUAAAGUUUUGUACUUUAAUAUCCUUGGUGUCAGGCAUUAGAAGUUAUUAUGCUGGGCUGAUUGCAAAUCUGAGUGCUCUAUUCUACUUGGCAUUAGACACCAGAAUUUUCUCCAUAUGCAAUACUUUCUUAAAUGACCAGCUUCUCCUUUCCCUUUGUUAAAUGAUGUUUCCAUCUUGGACGCCACUUCACCUAGAAGCAGAUUCUUCUGUGCAUUUACAAUAGUAAAUAUACUGAAACCAUC